AACUUGGUUUUCAAAGAGAGAGAGAGAGAGAUGGACAAGAGGAUAGAAGGAAUCCUUCACAUGGUCGGAGGAGCUGGGGAAACCAGCUACGCCUCCAAUUCAAAGUUUCCGGUAGUGUUGAACACCUCAACUGUUUGCAUGAACUUAAACAACUUACACUUGCGUUGGCCUCAGCAUAUCUGAUCACUGGUUUGCUAACUGCGUCCCAGGAGAAGGUACUUCACAUGGCGAAGCCAAUACUGGAGGAGGCAAUAGGAAGGGUUUACACGUCGCUGCUCCCCGAGAGGAUGGCGGUGGUCGACUUAGGUUGUUCCUCGGGCCCUACCACUUUGGAGGUGGUCUCCGAGGUGCUCGACGUGAUUGGCAAGCUACGGCGGAGCCUGGGACGCCAGGAGAUGCCGGAGAUCCUGUUCUUCUUGAAUGACCUCCCGGGGAAUGACUUCAAUCACGUCUUCCGGUCUCUGGGAGAUUACAAGAGGAAGGUCGAGGAGGAGAAGGGGAAUCUGCUGGUGCCAUACUACGUCGUGGGAGUUCCAGGCUCCUUCUACGGCAGGCUUUUCCCUUGUCAAAGUGUCCACUUCUUCAACGCUUCCUGUUGUCUCAACUGGCUCUCUCAGGUUCCUGAAGGUGAAUAGGGAGUUCUACUCAACAAUAAGAACAUCUACAUUGCAGAGACAAGCCCACUGGAAGUUGUGAAAGCAUAUCAAGACCAACACGAAAGAGACUUGUCAGAGUUCCUUCGGUGCCGUCAUGCAGAACUAAGCUACGGGGCAAGAAUGGUAUUGUCAUUUCCAGGAAGCAAAGGGAGUUAUCCACCCUCGGGAGAUGUGGAAUACUUCUUCGGCCUGUUAGCCGAAGCCCUGAGUGCUUUGGUAUCACAGGUUAAUAUCCUUUCUCUUCUUCUUCUUCUUCUUCUUCUUCUUCUUCUUCUUCUUCUUCUUCUUCACGCACUUGUUAACAUCCUUCCUAGAUUCAUGUUUAUUGCAUGGCCUACUCUUCUUUAUCUUACAGCAAAGUUGAAUAUGGUAAAACAUAAAAAGGAAUAAAAUAAUUAAAAAGAUUAAACCAAAUGGUUUCAUUUCAGGAGAGAUAUUUAUAGUGGCUUUUCUGCAUAACUUUAGGAAGAAACGAAAAAAAAAUAGUAAAAGGUACCAAGAGUAUUUUAAAUCUAUAGUGUUUUGGAUUAACACAUAUUUAUAUGGACUAAAAGAUAUAGUAUAAGUACUUUUAAAAUAAUAAAAAAAUCUAUCAUAUGUCAAUAAAUUAUUUCACCCUAGUCUAUUUAUUUAAAUCUAAAUUUUUAUAUUUUAUUUUAUCUAAUUCUAACUAUAUGAAUUAAUCUUAACACACUCUCUUAAUUCAAAUAGUUGUAACUUAAAAAUUAUCCGGAAUAAAUUUUUUCUUUCCCUAAAGCUUUUAAGAAGAUAUUGACAAACUUGUUAGAACCACUGUUGUCUUUUAAUGCUUAAGACUUCUCAGUUUGUUACCCUUUUGAACAUUUAUCAUUGAAACUUUCUUCAGAGUUAUCAUCCUCAUCUUCAUCAUUGCUCAUGCUCUUCUUUUUUUUAAGCCUUUAUAAUAGGUUUACCAAUAGUAGAUAGAACAGAUUAUGGAACUUUUCAUUUCUUGAAUUAUGGCUCAUCAUUGCUCUCAUUAGAAUUUUCAUUCACUUUUAGUUUUAUUUUGAGGCAUCUUCUUAUCAGUUUGAAUUUUAUAGGAUUUGUCACAUGAAAUAGUUUAUAUAGACUCACAAAAAUUUAGAUAAUCAUAGCUUUUAUGCUAUAAUAUCGAUUGAUCAAUAACAUUAUGCAAGAAAAAAUCUGAAAAUAAUAAGGAAAAUACUUUAGUUUUUGUCAUCCUCAUAGUUGUUAUUAAUAAGGAAAAUUAAAUAUUUUUCAUCAUAAAAAAUAGCAUAAUAUCAUUUUCUCAUUAAUUACCUUGUACUAAUGAGAUUUUAUUUUAAACUAGGAAUAAACAUCGUAUCAUCAAUAAAUUUUUUACUAGAUUUGGUGUUCACAUUAAUUAUUUCUUUUCCUUCCACUUGAAACUUACCGUCAUUUUCCAUAUACACAAUAGAUCUAAUUAGAUUAUCAAGUCUUUGAAACAAACUUUUAUCCCCUCUCAUAUGAUUACUGUAUCCACUAUCCAAAAACUAAAUAGAAUAUUCUUUAUUAAAUAUUAUACAUAAAAUAUUUUUUUCAUCACUUUUUUCAUCAUUAUUUUCUUAUAAUAGUUUGUUUAAUUUUUAUUCCAACAGUCCUUUUCAAGAUGGCCAUAUUUUCAUAGUAAAAGCAAAGAGGAACAUUUGGAUUUUUAUUUUUGAACUAACAAUAUGUGUAAUUUUUUUGCAACAAAAACAUCGAUGGAUUUCUUUGUUAUCUUUGUUUGGGUUUCUCUCUGACCCUUAUUUAAUUGAUCAUGACCUCUAUUAUUUUGAUCUCUCCAUUAAGAUCUAACUAUUGAAUUUUUCUUUUUGUCAUUCUUGUGAUCUAUCUUUGAAGAGCAUGUUCUACAAUUAAAAGGGAUCCCAUUAAUUCAUCAAUAGAUAAUAUAUUUGUGUAAAUUUGUAGAAAUUAUAUCAAAUUUUGAAGAUAAACUUCGUGUAACCUUUUCUACUAUAGUUUAAUCUUUUAGAUUUUUAUCAUAAGAUCUCAUUUGAUUCACAAUAGAAGAUAUUUUUUCGAAGAAAUAGUAGUAAAUUCAGAAUCUUUCGUUAUAUAAGUUUCGAAUUCACGUCGAAAAAUUUGAAGCUUUAAAUUUUUUGCCUUAUUUAUGCCUCCAAACACACCUUUUAAUAUUUUUCAGACUUCUAUUAAUGUUGAUGCCAUCAUGAUUCAAGGAAAUAGGGAAUCAUCUAUUGUUUAUUAUAACAUUUAGAGGGCUUUUGCAUCUUUUUGUAUAUUCUCAUUCAUCUGAUAUUUUUGAUCUUUAGUGGUAUUAAAAUUAUGUAGAUCAUACUUAACAAAAUCAUCUUUUUCCAAAUUCCAUAAUCCUUGUAAGAUGAAUAAAGUUUUCAUCUUAACAACCCAAAAUUGACAAUUAUCAUAUUUGAAGAUAGAGAGAAGUUGAUUAAGAACACUUACUCUAAUGCUUCAGUGUUGCUAUCAUAUUUUUUAUAAUAGAAAAUAAUUAUUAUAUUUUUUAUCAUCCUCAUAGUUGCUAUCAAUUUUUUUUUAUUUUUUAUCAUAAAAAAUAACAUAAUAUCCUUUCUCAGUAGUUGCCCUAUACUAAUGAGAUUUUAUUUUAAACUAAGAAUAAACAUCACAUCAUUAAUAUUUUUUUUUACUAAAUUUGGUGUUCAUAGAAACCGAUCAUUUUCUUUCCACUUAAACCUUACUAUCAUUUCUCAUAUGCACUAUAGAUUUGAUUGAAUUAUCAAAUCUUUAAAACAAACUUUUGUCUCCUUUUAUAUGAUUACUGCAUCCACUAUCCAAAAAUAAACAAAUGUAGAAUAUUCAUCGUAAGAUGUUAUAAAGAAAAUAUUUUCUUAAUCUCUUUUUUCAUCAUUAUUUUUCUCGUGAUAAUUUGUUUAAUUUUUAUUCCAACAAUCUUUUUCAAGAGUAGAGAGGAACAUUUGAAUUUUUAUAGUAAGAGUAGAGAGGAACAUUUGAAUUUUUAUUUUUGUACUAACAAUUUUUUUAGUAUGUCCAAUUUUUUUUACAACAAAAAUAUCAAUGGGUUUCUUUAUUACCUUCGUUCGUUCGAGUUCCUCUAGCCGUCAUUUAAUUGAUCAUAACCUCUACUAUUUUGAUCUCUCCCUUGAGAUUUAGCUUUUGAAUUUUUUUUUUUGAUCAUUUUUUUUAUCUAUUUUCAUUUGAAGAGCAUGUUCUAAAGUUUCAUUUGAAGAUCUAUUUACUUUUUGUUUAUGAAUUAAAAGAGAGUCCAUUAAUUCAUCAAUUGAUAGUAUACUUUUAUCCUUAUCUUCUUCUAUAUCAAUAGAAAUCAUAUCAAAUUUUGGAGAUAAACUUCAUAUAACAUUUUCUACUACAGCUUGAUCUUUUAGAUUUUCACCAUAAUAUCUCAUUUGAUUCAUGAUAUAAGAUAUUUUUUAGAAGAAAUCAAUGAUAGAUUCAGAAUCUUUUAUCAUAAAAGUUUCAAAUUCACGUUGAAGAAUUUGAAGCUUUGAAAUUUUUACCUUAUAUAUGCCAUCAAGCACACUUUUUAAUAUUUUCCAGGUUUCUAAUGAUGUUGAUGCCAUCAUGAUUCAAGAAAAAAGAGAAAUAUCUAUUAUUUAUUAUAGCAUGUAAAGGGCUUUUGCAUCUUUUUGUAUAUAUUGUCAUUCAUAUGAUAUCUUUGAUUUUUAGUAAUAUUAGAAUCCUGUAGACCAUACUUUAAAAAAUAAUCUUCUAUCAAAUUCCACGAUCCUUAUGAGAUAAAUAAAGUUUUCAUCUUAACAACCCAAAAUUGUUAAUUAUCAUAUUUGAAGAUAG